AUGGUAUUUAAAUUUAAGAAGAAAAAGAAGGAAGAAAGCUCGGACAAGUUAAGCAGGCUGUCACAAAACAAUGAAGGAGGAAAUGCCAAUGAGGAGGGAGAAAAAAAAGAUCAAAAAAGUAACUCCUGGUACAAGAAAAUUAUAGACAAUGCAAUUAUAACCAAGAGCAAGCAUGAUGAUAAAGAGCAAGAGGAGGAGAAGCAGGAGGAAAGUGAAGCAAAUGGUAAUAGAGCCAUGGAAAGAAGUAAAGAUUAUGAAUUGGAAGAACAGCUGAAGGAAACCCUCAGAUCAAUCACGUCCUUGUCCACCAAAAUUGUAAAUUACGAAACGAAAAUUGAGGACUUGGAGAAAGAAUUAAAAAUGGAAAAAGAUAAACAAGUCGAUAAGGUGUAUGAAAAGGAGUUGAAGGAGAAGGAGAAUUUUAUUAAAGAAAAAAUUGGCAUGCUAAAUGAGAAGGAAAAUUUACUGAUCGAGAAAGAGCUCGAUAUAAAUAUGAGAGAAGAAAAAAUUAAUGACAGGGAAAUGUUCAUUUCGAAAAAGGAAGACAAAUUGAAUAACAUCCAGGAGGAGUAUUUGGAAAAAAAUAAAGAAAAAGAAAAACUCCAUUUUGAAAUUGCAGACAUAAAAAUUUCCUUAGAAAAAUUAAAAUAUGAAGUUAAAGACAAAAAGGAGUGUUUAGAAAAUGUGAGCAAUAAAGUAAUUUCAAAAGAAAAUGCAUUGAGGGAGCUGAAAGAAUUUAUAAGAGAAAAAAAUGAAAUGAUUGAAUCUCUUAACGCGAAGAUAACUGAGAAGGAGAAAAUAUAUGAACAGUUAGGGAAGGAUGUGGAAGAAAAAAGAAAGGUAAUUGAAUUGCUAGAUAUGAAGGCAAAUGAAAAGGAAAAAUAUUUUGAAGAAAGAAUUAAAGAAUUAGAAAAAGAACAAAAUGUACUUGUUCAAAAAUUAAAUGAUGUGAAAGUGAGAGAAAAAGAAGUGGAGACCAGGGAAAAUAAUUUCCUUCACAUGGAAGGCGAGCUGAAUGAUCUUCGUAGUAGCUUCUCAAAGAAUGAUUGUCAGCUGAAGAUUUACAAAAUAGAAAUAAAAGAUUUGAGCAGUGCUCUUGUAGAGAAGGAGAGGGAAAUAUUAGACUUAAAAAAUACGUACGAUGGAGAAAUUAGCUUGUUAAAGGAUCAGAUAAAGGAAAUGGAAAAAGAAAUCGCCAAAUGUAGUUCCUCCAAUGAUGACGCGGAUGCACAAGAUAAACCAUCCAGCCAAGUUGAAAAUGGAGGAAAGGUGAACAAGGAAGAAGAAUGUGGAGAGAACAACCUCACCGAUUUGCUCAAAAUUAAAGAAAGAGAGCUACACGAAAUGCAAGAAAAAUAUGCAAAGGAAAUAGACACACUAAAUAGUCAACUGAAUGAAAAAAGGAAAGAAUUUGUGGAGAUAAAAAAUAACUAUAUGAACGAAAUAAAUAAUGUGAAUAAUGAAAUUGAGGAGAGUGAAAGUAAAAUGGCAGAAAUGAAAAGUGGUUAUGAAAUGGAGAUAAACAAACUGCGAGUCGAAAUGAAUGCAGUACAUGAGGAGAAGUACCUCUUGAGUAACGAAAAACAAACACUCAAUGGAGAGAUAAACAAGCUAAAUGAAGAGAAGGAAUUUUUGGCCAGCGAGAAGGAAGGGCUAAAUAACAAAGUAAACACCUUGAACAGCGAAAUUGCAACUUUAAAUAUUGAGAAACAUGGACUCAGUUGUGAAAUAAACACACUGAACGAUCUCAUUCACACCCUGAAAAAGGAAAUAAGCUCAUCAGAUAAUAUGAUUAACAAACUGAAAGAGCAAAUGAACGCCAUCAACGAAGAAAAGGAAGGAAAGGAAAAACUCAUCACAGAGAUUGAAAAUAAUUACAAAAAUGAAAUAAACGUCUUGAAGGAAAAAUUAAAAGAUACAGACAAUCAAAUGAACAUAAGUAUGAGAGAAGAGCUGGACCACAUAAAAAGCGUCCUUGGUCAAAAGGAAAAGGAAUAUAAACAAAUGAAGGAAGACUACAAUAAAAAGAUAAAACAGUAUGAUGAAGAGUUGCAAUUGAAGCAGAAAUGUUUUGAAAAUGAAUUAAAUGACAUACGGGUCAAAUCGCAUGAAAAGGAACAAGUUUUAAUUUUAAAAAAUGAUGAAUUGAAGGAGUCCAAGUUGAAGACAGAGGAAAAGUACCUCAAAUUGUAUGAUGAUAAAAUGAACCUCCUCAGGAAUAUCUGCUCCAAAGUGAGGGUCCCAUACAGCGAUGAAGUUCGGGUUGAUGAGCUGCUCGAAAGGGUGGGCGACUACAUAAGUGAGAUGAGUGAACGAGCCGGUGCAGUGGACACCACGGGUCAAAAUGAGGAGCAGCAUAAAAAUCGACAGCCGAUUGGGGAGGAGGAGAAUAGUGAAAAUGUUAUGAGCGCCCAACAGGUGGAUAACGCUAAUAACCCCGCUGAUCAGGCAGACCUACAGGCGCUACAGAAAGAAUUAGAAAGUGUGCAAGAAGAGCACAGAGAAGAGGUUGCCAAAAUGAAGAGCGAUUUGGCGAUGAAGGAAAAAACGAUCGAAGAGUCCAACAACACAAUCGCCGAGUUGACCGGCAGGAUAAACAGCCUGAAUGAUACCAUUUCGUUUUAUAAGGUAAACAAUUCCGAGGAGAAAAUUAAUUCCUACGUGGACGAAAUUAACAGCUUGAAUUUAACGCUUAGCGCGCUCAAGACUAAGAAUGAACAGGAGCAGUUGGAGAAGCAAAAUGAAAUUACGAGACUGUCGGAAGAGCUCAGCGAGUAUAAACGCCGUGCCGAGGAGCAAUACAGAAACAGGAUUAGUGAGAACGUGGGAAGCGAGUUGAAGAGAGGAGACGAAAGAGGUGACUCCGACAAGGAACAAAUCUCCGAGUCGGAUGUAGAAGGAGGGGGUAAUUUAAAAUCCUUUUUACAAUUUCCCCUUCGAAAAAUAAAAGGAAAAAAAAGAAAAGUCUCCAAAACUGAGAAGGAAAUACAAACAGAGCUCAGAAUAAACGAGACAGAGAAUGAGCAGAGGGAUAAAAAUGAAAAGGCAUCUGGACCAGAUAACCAGGAGGAGGUGGACAAAUACAAAAACGAGCUGAAGGAAAUGGAGAAAAUUAUUGAAGACUUGAAUCACAAAAUAUACUCCCUCACGAACGAGGUCAUGGAUUUGAAAAAUGUGAAGAACGAGCUGGAUGAGCGCAACAACAACUUGGCGAAGGUGGGUGAAGAGGCGGAAAGGCAAAGGGAGAAGUUAGAAACGCUGAGCGCCACACUGGGGGGCGCAAAUGAAGAGAUCGCGAAGCUGAACUUGGAGUUGGAGAGGUUGAAGAAGGAAGAGGCAGAAUCGAGGGAGACGGCCAAGAAGUGGGAAGGGGAUGCGGAGAUGUGGAAAGAGGACGUAGAGAAGUGGAAGGAGGACGCAGAGAAGUGGAAGGAGGACGCUGCGAAAUGGAAAGCAGAUGCAGACAUGUUCAAAGCAAACGCAGAGAUGUGCAAAGCGGACGCAGAGAAGUGGAAGGAGGACGCUGCGAAAUGGAAAGCAGAUGCAGACAUGUUCAAAGCAAACGCAGAGAUGUGCAAAGCGGACGCAGAGAUGAGCAAGGCGAACGCCGAGACCUGGAGGAAAGAAGCGGAGGAACUGAAAAGCAGCGCGGAUCAAUUGAACGCAGAAUUAUACUCAAAGGAAAAUAAUUACAUGUUGAAGUUGAACGAAAAUAUAGGAGUUAUACAACAAUUGAAGGACUCCAUUGUGGUACAUGAAAAGGACAGGGAAAAUUACGUUAGCGAGAUAAAAGACUUGAGAAACCAAUUUGAAGCGUUAACAUUGAAGCAUGAUACGUUGAGUAAAGAUUACGAUGCGUUAAGUGGGUCGUAUAAAGAGUUGGAGUCGAAGAAGAGUAGCCCUCCCAGUGGUGAUGACCAUAGCCCUGAUGGAGAGAAUAAAUUAAGCAUCCCAAAGGAGAAUGGUGAAGUGGACCAAGCAGAGGAGGAGGCGAAGGAUAACCCAGAUGUUCCCAAGGGGGACGACUCCACAUUGGUAGUGAUCGAGUACAUAAACGAAAUUGCGCAUCUGAAGGAAGAAAUAAACAGACUAACCCUACUGUAUAGCACCGAACUGAACGAAAAAAACAGCUCUGACAUAAGGAUCAAGGAGUUGCUGAACCAGUUGAAGGAACUGGAAGUGAGGGAUAAAGAAAAUGAGGAAAAGAUUGCUGCACUAACUAAAAUGAAUGAGAAGAGUAAAGUGAAAAAUGAAAAAGUGAAAUCGGGAAAAUGGUUAUCUAGGAAGCAGCGCGCAUCGAAUGAACAGACAAGUGUCGCAGAGGAGGAAAAGAAGAAGGAUGUGUUUCCCUCGGAUGUGAAAGAGGAAAAGAAUCUGGCUUCAGACCAUAUGCACAUAUUGGAAGAAGGCAAGUACCGCGUGAUGGGAAUAAUUGAUGAAAGUAACUCCGAGGGAGGAGUUCAAAUAAUUGGGUCCUACUUGUACACCAAGAAUGUGGAAAAUUUACACGCAAUAAAUGGGGUACAAAAGGAAGAUGCACAGGUGGUUCAGAAAAACGUAAUCACAGUUGUGUGUCUAAUUCUAAGCGAAAUGUUAAGCCUCCUAUUUUUAAAUGAUCAAUUUGUUAAAAACUUUGAACAGAUAAAUAAAAAUAUGUGGAAGCUUAUCUACAUGCCUGAAGAGAUUAAAGCUUUACUUUUGAAAUAUUUUUGCUUUAUGAAUAAGUUAAGGAAUUAUGCAAAAAAAGUACAAGGCAAAUUGGACAGCCAGAGGGACGACGAUAACCAAAGGUAUGAUGAUUCGUGGUUCCUUUUUCAAAACUAUUUGGAGUCGUCAAGUAGUUUGAAGAGAGACAUGCUGUACUUCAUAUUGGAAGAAAAGGAAAAUGAACUAGCAGAGCUGGGUGAGCAUUAUGAUGGUGGAGUGAGAAAGGGAGGAGGGGGAGUAAUAAGUGGAGGAAAAAUCUCAGAUAUACUAAAUUUUUCAAAGGACGAAAUGAGAUUAAAGACCAUAGCACAAUUAAGGAGAGACUUAAAUUUUGAAAAAAAAUCCAAAAUUUUGCUAAGUAGGGAUUAUCAGCUGUUACUUUAUAAGUACCAGGAAUGCUUGAGGAAAUUAAAGAGAGUAAAAAAUAUGCUAAGGCAGUUAAAUUUGAAUGACUCUUCAAAUAGGGGCAAUUUUGCCUUAAACAAAGAACUGGACAAAUAUUCUGAUAUGAGUAAUGAAAAAUGUUUUCACUUAGAAGGGGAGGAUGACGGUUCGCAUGGAAAUAAUAAAAAAUGUAUGCUCUAUGAUGAUAUGACAAAAUUGGAGAGUCGAGAAAAUGUUUUAAUUAAUGACAUAAUUAAUUUGAGGAAGGCGCAAAGGGCAGCGAGAAAUAAUUUGCCCAAUUGGGGUCGUAGCAACGUGGUGGGCAGGUGUCAGCAAGACGCAUCUCAUGCGCUAAGGCCAAUGGUAGGUAGAGUCGACAUAAGCAGCCACAAUAACUUCACACACACGAAGAGGUUGAGUAAUGCGCCAAAAAUUAGUGCCCACUUGGAUGACAUGAAAAAAAUGAAAAAUAUUUUUAACGAAUUGGUUGAAAGUAGAGGAGACAUAACGUUUGUGCACAGGAGUCCCCUGUGCUGA